ACGAACGGAAUGGUUUUGGAGCAGACGAGGAUGAGAAAGAUUUUUGCAUCGACCGUUUGUGCAGGGAAAAUAACGCAAAAACUGUUAUGCCAAAGGGGAAUAAUUUUUCUCAUUUGUGGCAGUGACCCGCUCUACUUUAAUACCAAAUUGAUUCCAAUGAUCAUGGGACACUUUCCGUCCGGMACGUCGUCCAUGGUUCCCGAGCAUUUCGCGCAGAUUAAAUUGAAAGGMGUUUUCGGUCGGUUCAAUUACGGUCCGGUCACUAACUUGGAACGGUACAACUCUACCGAACCUCCCGCGUACGAUCUGACUUCGAUCCAAGUGCCCAUCACGUUGAUGUACGGUAAAAACGACUUGGUGUCAGACGUCCAGGACGUGAUGAAACUUAAAUCCCAAUUGCCCAGACUGAUGGAUGCCGUGAUGAUCGACAACCCGUACUUCAACCACGUGGACUUUAUGUGGAGCACGGAAGUCAACCAACGCAUAAACGACCCGGUCAAGGAAACGCUGCGGAAGACCGACAACAUGRACUGGAAGUACUCGGGGCCAAAUCUCCCGAAUUCUAAGGACAUUUCCAAUGUUAGUAGCAGUGUCAGUGGCGCCAGUGGAGACAUCAAUAUUAGUGGCGGGGCAGGCAAUAUCGGUAGCAAUGGUAUUUUCGACAUCGGCGGCGGUGGACAUCUCAAUAUCACUGACGGUGGGAUUGUCAAUAUCACUGACGGUGGGAUUGUCAAUAUCACUGACGGUGGGAUUGUCAAUAUCAGUGACGGUGGAAUUGCCAAUAUUAGUGACAGUGGAACUGUCAAUAUCGGUGGAAGUGCUGGACAUUUCAACAUAAGUAUUAAUGUAGGCGACGUCGGUGGCAGUGGAAAUGUUAGCGGAAGUGGAGGUUCCAGCAGCACUGGCAGUGUUGCGCCAACGGAUUUGGAUUACUUAGCGAAAAACUUGGGCAAGAUAAUCGCCGAUGCCAUGCCCAGGCCGGUGGACCGCGAGGGUGACGCAUCCGACUUCGGACGGGAACGGGUGCUGCAAGAGACAUUGUUGGCGGACGCCAUCGAGUUCGUUAGGUCGGUCCAAAAAAAGUACGGAUCGACGCUCGUCUGGCAAGAGUCUUCGACGAUUGCCACGGACGACCAUCGGAAAAUCGAACACGUCCUCACAAGCCCGAAUGACGCUGACUGAUGAAGGUCGGUUGAACGCGUAAGGUUUGAGAUUUCGUCUCUACAGUAGCGCCCGUCGAAAAAAAUACUGUACAAAAUGAAACAUAUUAUUAUAUUAUAAUACCUAAUAUGCUAUAAAUAAGUCUACA